AUGGCGGCCCAACCUGUUGGUGAGGCAAACCAACAGCUCUGGGACGAGACGCUCACGAGGCUUCUUAACCUCUCAGCGGCAACCGUCCGGCGCAACACCGAUCUGGAGAGUCGUGUGGCAGAGCUCGAGGUCGAACUUCUUGUAUGGAAGCAGGCGCAUUCCGUGGCGCUGGAGGCUUCUGAGCGCGAAAACAAAGCACAUAACGUGCAGAUGGCUGCUCUUAAUCGGCAGAUUUCUGGCCUGGACCCAGUGAAAUCGCAGAAUCAAAAUCCUCUCAUCCUCUGUAUAAUUCAUGGCGACGAGCUCGUGUUUAACCGAGAGUUUCUGACAGAAGGCUAUCAUGGCGGAAGGGCGGCAGCCCAACAACUUACAAAAGCAAUUGCUGAACAUUUAUCGAAUGAAGACGUCCACCUUUAUGGGAGGCUCUCUUUCUGGAUCACAGUAUAUUUGAAUAAACGAAACCUAUCGGAAACGCUGCUUUUGAACAAUGUCUGCUCCGAAGAGCAGUUUGAAUCUUUUUUGACUGGGUUCGGCCAUGCUUCGCCUCGAUUUUCCGUCAUCGACGUAGGCUUCGGGGCAGAGUCUUCGGAGUCGAAAAUCAAAGAAUAUCUGCAAACCUUCAUUUAUUUUCCUCAAACCUUGCGUGUUUUCUUUGGUGGAUACGACGUUUCAUACAUGGCAACAUUUAGUGCCUUGGAAAAGGAUCAAAUCUUGGGUAAAUUGGUUCUCAUCGAUGCUAAUCCGCAGACGGGACUAGGAGAUCAAUUUCAAAUACAUGCAAUACCACGGCUGUGCGUGGAUAGUCUCUUCAUGUUCGAGCGGCUCCCAAAGAUCUCCCGAAUACUGACUCCGUUGACGAUGGCUUCUUUCAAUUCGGCGGCGAGCAAUGGAGGUCUGAUAAGUCCCCAGUCACCCGACCGCGUUUUGGGUCGAGUUAUCGACCCAUCCUUGCCACUCCAUAAACAAAAUCCACCUCCAUGCAACGAACACUACCUGAUGACCUGUUCGAAAGGGGCUGGAAUGUGCAAAUAUUCGCAUGAUUACAUCCUAACAUCUGAGCAACUUGUGUCGUUGGCCAAUAACGCGAAGAAGGCACCCUGCAAUUGGUUAAAAAAUGGUGUGCAAUGCCCGUACGGGGAAAAAUGUUGUUGGGGUCAUGUCUGUCCUAAUGGACCGAAAUGCUUCCAUCUUAGCAAAGGGAAAUGCUGGUUCAAGGGAGAAGCCAUGCACCCAGAUUCUUCUUGA